GACGCGUCGAUCGGCCAAGCUCCCCCGGCAGCCCCCGGUUGGGCCGAGUUCAACAACACCGUCGCCGCCCUCGUGACACUUCAAGACCACCAGCGUAACCUCGGCCAGGCGAUAUUCAACCUCACCGAGAAGAUUGACGCGAUUGCCGUGGCUCAAGCACGGUCUCCGGCCGCUGCGGCCGACCCCGCAGUGCCCGCGCAGACCGAACCACCGUCCGACGCCCCUCGAGGAACCGCGCGCUUCCACGAGCCGAAGGUCUUCGAUGGAAAGGCCACCUCCGUCACCUCCUUCAUCGCGGACAUCAAGAGCGCCAUGCCGAAGAUGUGGUUCAACAACAUCUCGAGGACGGAGGAGCACGUGCUCCACGACUUCGACGAACUACUCCGCCGGCUCGAAUCCCGCUUCGACGAGGCCGACCUGACCAACGCCAUGCUCGACAAGAUCGAGGCCCUGUGGCAGACCGGCUCAGCCGCGAACUACAUCCAGGCCUACGACGAGCUCGCCAAGCACGUCGACUUCUCUGACAUGACCAAAAAGGCAACCCUCUACAAGCACCUCAAGCCCGAGCUCAAGGACCUCCUCCUCAGCGUCCGCGGCUUCAAGAUGCUCCCCUACUCGGAGUACACCGCCACCAUUAUCGAGGUCGACAACGACAUGCACCGUCGUGCUCAAGAGCGCCAACAGGAGGCCAAGAAGAAGACCGCUAAGUCCAACCCAUCCUCCUCUGCACCGUCCUUUGUUCCCCAACCUACUCCUCCUUUUGUUCCUGCUCCUGCUCCUGUUCCUCGUUCGUCUCACACCGCUUUGCCUGCGGGUGAACCCAUGGAGAUUGAUGCUACCAAAACGGGCUCAAGGCCUCGUGCUCCGCUCACCCAGGCCGAGAAGGACCGACGCCGCCGCGAAGGUCUUUGCUCGUACUGC